AUGACUCGUCAUGUCAUACUGAAAUCGCCUUUACUGGAGUCGGAAGAAUCAACGAUGAGACAUUCUCCGACGACGGCGAUGAGCAAGCAGGUGGAGAGGAGGAAAGUGGGAGAGGUUGCGGGAGGAGCGGCGGCGGAGUGCGCGGCUGUGUGGUGUUGCUGCCCUUGCGCGGUGGUGAACCUGGUUGUUUUGGCCGUGUACAAAGUUCCGGCGGCGGUUUGCAAGAAGGCGUGGAGACGGAGCAAACGACGGCGUUUCACUAGGAAACGACACGGUUUGCUCGCGUCAGCGGCGGCGGAAGGGAGUCAGAGCACCGUACACGCUAGAUUGAAGGAGGAAGAUCUGACGGCUGAGAUUGGUUUUCAAGAAAACGGGGCGAAUGGUGAGCUAAACGACGUCGUCAUGCUUGAGAAGGAAAUGCUGGAGCGUUUCUAUGGGGCAGGCUUUUGGAGAAGCCCUUCGCAGAGGGACACGUCAUCGGGAAGUUUUUGA